GAGGCACAUCGCCAUUCGCUAAAAGGCAAAAGACAGCUAACGAUCGUGGCGCUGAAUCACCAACGGGCAAAGUAACGACUAAAAUUCAAAGGCGUAACGAAAUGACUACUAUAUUUAUCAAGAAUCAUGAUCCGAAGCCCAGUGAUCCGAUCAAAGCUGCUGUGCUUGCUCAGAAGAAGGCAGAUCCCGAAAGACAAGCAAGAAGAAUGGCAAAAAAGAACGCCAAAAGAGCAUCAUUGAAGAUGCAAUCGGUCGCUUCGGAAAGUGGAACAAAAGGCAAAGUGUCCUUGAAACCGAAUCAAAAGAAAGGAGGUGCGAAAGCACCAAUUGCACGCAAGAAAUCUCAUUCUGCCAAGAAACGUCUAUCUUUGACAUCUUUGGCACUUUUGGCACUAUCGAUGAUUGCCCUCAUUCUCGUCCCAGACGUCUCUGCUAACAAUGAGAUUCUCAACUUUGGGCCGAUCAUGUGCGCAGCAGACGAACAUGGCCAUCUACAAGAAAGGGCGGCAAGACAAUUAAGUAAAGAUUGGCCAAGCUUGAAAUCGUUGACGGGUGUGCAAUUGUUCUCCCUAGAUCCUGUCAAUGAACCGGAAGUUUGGAUUGCAUUGGACUUGGAAGAUGUGAAGGAAAUGGAAGAGAUGAUGGAUUUCGACACUUCCGCUUCAAGUGCAGAUCGAUCGCUAUCAACUCGCAAGGCAACAACUUCAAUUCUGCCAUCAGAUCUACAUUCAAGCGGGUUCCCAUUGAUCAGUCGAGAUAUUCAAUCACAAUUUUCACCACGAGAUCUUUGGUUAAAGAUGUUGCCAAAACGACUUGGAUGGUAUACGUAUUCCAAACGAUUCACAUUUCGUGUGGAUUGGUCGGCAAAUUUUCCAAUCAAAGUUCAAGCAAACUUACAUACGCCUCAUUCUAUGUUAGCAGCCGGUAAAGCACGAUGGCAAGCAAACGAACAUGAAUUUGACGAAAAUCGAAGAACGGAAGAACAGGAUUUGAUCGAUGCAAUCUAUUGGCCUUGCCCUAGGGUAUAUGUUCAUUUACAGGUUGAUGUUGAGGCAUUGCCCAUUCCGCCAAGAAGGCCGAAGUUUGUUAGCAAACAGUCUGGCUCAUCUUCCCUUUGGGACAUGUUUUUGAAUUUGUCAGAAUGGUACAUUGAGCCAUUGACCAAUCCAUCCAAUUCAGCAAGUAUGGAUGGCAGUCCGACAAGCAAGAUUGUUUCACCCGUUCCCGUUCAUUUGAUACUCGAGCCGGUGUAUCUAGGAUUUAUACCGCACACCAGUUUGAGCCUCUUCAUGAUUCUGAUACCCCUCUUGCUACUUUCAAGUUAUGUUCUCACGCCAAUCGUCAAGAACAAGAUUACUCAAAUUCUGACAGAAGAUGACGAUCCGACCUUACAAAAGCGCAAAGAGCAGUAAAAAACUGCACUCAUAUUGUGUACAUUAUCAUACAAAGCAAUUUUGUAGCAUCCAAUGAAUGACUU